GUACAUGUCUUGGAAAACCCCCGAUAUGUUUUAGAGUUUGGAGAUAUGCCCGAGGGCUUACCGGCUGUUGAUACCUGGAAUCACGAAACGCAAGUAGGAUUACGUGUACCCAAAAAUAUAAACAAUUUCUUAUAUAAAGCUUCAUCAAUUGUACUCCAUCCAUUCUUUUGUUGUGUGAUCUUCGAAAAAGUUGAGAAAAUGGACCCAAGUACUUUAACACUGGAGCAGGUUGAAGAAAGGUUUCUGGUCUCUAGAGAUACUGGAUUCCUACUUGAUUCCUCACAGGUAAAGCUCCAAACGUGCUGGAGUCCAUUCGAGGAAGUUGCAGAGCAAUUAACCAAGAAUGUAGAAAACAGGAUUAUUAGAGAAAAGGUUGAGGAGUUAAACGGCGACAAGCCCAUACCAGAUGGCAAGUUGGAACAGCUUUGUCUGCACAGGAUAUUAACAUUCUUAACGGCUGGAUAUAUUUGGCAGGACGGGGAGGAAACCGUACCGAUGAAACUUCCCAGAUGUUUGGCAGUUCCACUGACGCGUGUGUCAGAUGCUUUGGGGAUGAAGCCAAUUCUGAGCUACCCAAGCAUGAUUUUAGCCAACUGGCAGAUGCAAGAUACCGAUGGGCCAUUUGAUUUUCGGAAUCUGAACGCGAUGUAUCAGACACCUGGAGGUGAUGGUGCCGAGUGGUUCAUCCUCACCCAUGUCGUCAUCGAACAGAGGUUCGCACCAGCCAUCGAGGCUAUCGUCAACGCCAUGAAGUAUUCAACAGCAGGUACUGAGGAUAACGUGGCACUGGUCAGGGCCUUAGAAAUAAUACCUGGCGUCAUGGUAGACAUGAUGAGGACAUUCAAACAAAUAAAAGACGGAGUAGUCCCAGAGCAGUUCUAUGAUGAACUAAGGAUUUUCUAUACAGGGUGGGGUGAAGGAAAAGACCCGCUUCCUGAAGGAUUGAUUUAUGAAGGCGUAUACGGAGACCAACCCACAUCGAUGAAAGGAGGAAGUGCUGCGCAAAGCACAACACUACAGAUACUGGACGCGGCACUUGGCAUCACACACGAGGGAGGUCAAAAAGAAAUUCUUGACGAAGUGAGGGACUACAUGCUGAGAGAACACCGCAACUUCUGUGCCUACGUGAGGAAAAACAGCAACAUCAGGCAUUACGUGGAGCGGUGUAACAACACGGAUGUCAUAAAGGCCUACAAUAAAUGUAUCAGUGCUAUUCGGGGUUUCCGCGGUCUUCACAAAGACAAGGUUAAUGAUUAUAUAAGGAAACCGUCCGAGAGGAAAGACAGAAACAAACAUGUGGAAGGGAUCAAAGAUACGGGAACGGGAAGCACACCCUACCUUACAUUCCUGAAAGAAAUCAACGAGGACACCGACAAGUGUAAACUAUCUAACUAAGAUAUGGACAUAAUUCACCGACCGGUGAAAAAAGGAAUCUAUUCUGGAUUGUGACUCUGCAUUACCAGGGAAAACUAUGUCGGUGAAAACCACUGUUUUAUGUGUUCCGAAACGGACAAGAUCGAUUUUGUGUCAACAAUCGUACUAUUUAUAUUAGCAUAUUGAUUAUAAGUAAGGUAUAUAAAACACAGCUUAUUAAGACUAACUAUACGUAAUGACGCUUUUUAAUUCUAGUAUGUGGAUGCUAGUUAGUGAGUGUAUGCACAUGAAAAUGUUUAUUAGGAAAUAGAUCUGUAUUCUUUAUUAAAAUGCGGUGGAGAGGCCCUGAAAUUUAUUUGUAUUAUGAAAUGGAUAUCAAUGGCUCUUGAGAGUAACAUUAUAUGUGUAUUGUAGAUAUCAAUUAAAGCGUUGUGUUUAUA